AGGCGGGAUGGGCGGGGUGGUGGGCGGGCGGUGUCCGUGAGGGGAGCGGGAUAUGGCCGAGGCGGGGCCGCUGCCGCCCGCGGCGGUGCCCGAGGGAUCGCCCGAGGGAUCGCCCGGCGCCGGGCCUCGGAGGAUCCCCGGCGGGAGCCAGGGGUCGCGGCCGCCGGAGCUGCCGCCCGGCGACCCGCGGGAGCUGCUGGAGGAGGUGGAGAUGCAGAUCGGCGACGCCGCCUUCUCGCUGGCAAAGAUCCUGGAGGCGACGUCGGCCGUGUCGGCCCAGGUGGAGGAGCUCGCCACCAAGUGCUCGGAGAACGCCCGGUUCCUCAGAACAUGGCGGGACCUGCUGAGGGAGGGCUACGAGUCCCUGAAGCCCAGCGGCUGACCCUGUCCCCGCGGCGGCUCCACCGGGUCUCGCUGAGCUGACCGCUUGUGGCAGACUGGAAUGCGGGUUUCUUUUUAAACGAGCUUCUUGAGGGAGUUCACGUGGAUUUUUGUUUCCCCUCAGCAGUUACCCGUGAGCCCGGAGUUCUUUCAGAAAUACCUGAUGAUGACUCGUAUGGAUGUUGUAUGUAAGUCACCGAGUAAAAUAACUUUGUUUAGGGAAUCAGUUAUGACUUUUAGACUCUUCCAUUGCAAGCGAUCUCAUACGUGAAAUACUCUCCCCGCCCCCCCCCCCGCUUUCUUUUUUCUGGUAACCGGGUGGUGGACGCAACGUUGGUAUGUGUGGUACAUCCGGAACUCAUUCCUGGUGGGGAAGUGGUGUCCUGCAAGGAGAUAGUGUCAGCCCUCCUUUUUAAGAGCUGUCACCAGUGGAAACCUUGCCAACUGCAGAGAAACUUGCUGAACUAACUUCAGUUUUUCUCUAUGCACGCUUUUUCUUGGUGUUGAGGAUGGGAGAACAUGGCAAGUUGUGGCUUAUUUACAAGCUUUAGGUAAGCCACAUAUCCCAAACCUUACAAUUUUUGUAGUAUUGCAAUACAUUUCUGUAAAGCUGCAGUUUUUUGCAAGAUGUUUGAUUACUGCACACAAUUUUACACUAUCUUUUGUUGCAAUGAAGUGCCUUAUGAUGGACUGUAUAUCUCUGCAUGGUAGAAGUUUAACAGCAUUGUUGACUGAUAGAAUGGAUUACUUCAAACUGUAGGUAAAAGCGUCCAUCGGUUGGAAAAGAAUCUGUGAAAUGUAUUCUCCCAUCCCUCGGGAAGCGCGUUAAGAGCUUUUUCAGUAUUUGGUCCUAUUUUAUAUCUUUGCCUUAAGCAGUUACUAGUUAGUUAGUCUCGAGCUUACAGUUAACAGAACCUUUUGGUCUGGAAGAUCGCUAACCUGUAGCUGUACUGAAACUCCUGUACCUUUACCAGAGCAAUGUGAAAAAAGUAAUGCUGAAAUGCAAUAGGGGACUGCAGGAGAACAUGGUUGUACCAUGAUUUAUUAGUCAGCCUUAUUUUUACUGGUAGAAGAACUUUUUAAAAGACAAAACUGUAAUUUUCUUACCAAAACAAUAAAGAUGUUACAAAAAAAAAUCUGAAA